ACCUGGAAUGAUGGGGUCCCUGACCACUAUAUUUAUCCUGCUAUUAUUUAUGGACACCACAAUGUCAAAGAAAUCAGGAGCCCGAUGUUACACUCUGAUCUACCAAGACACAGCCCUAUCACAUCCCGGGCCAGAAGAGUUCAGCUUCACAAACACUGGUUACCUCAAUGGCCAAGCCUUCUACCAAUAUGACAGCAAAAGCCAGAAGGCAAUACCACUGUCACCAUGGGACAAAGUAGAGGGGAUGAAUGACUGGGAGAAGGAGAGCCAGCUACAGAAGAGAAGGGAAGAUUUUGUCUUAGAGAACAUGCAAAACAUCACAGACUAUUACAAUGAUGGGAAAGGAUCCCAUAUCUUUCAGGGGCGUUUUGGCUGUCAACUUUGUGGUGAUAAUUUCGCAAAGGGAUUCUGGAAGUGUCAGUAUGAUGGACGAGACUUCAUUGAAUUCAAAACCACUGAGAUACCAGCCUGGAUCCCCUUAGAUCCUGCAGCUGAUGUGAUCAAGCAAAGGUGGGAGGCAGAUCCAGGUGCUGUGUAUCGAGCCAAAGCUUAUCUGGAGGAAGAGUGUAUUGGGACACUACGAACAUACCUGGAACUUGGGAAGGCUUAUCUGCACCAGCUAAUUCCCCCCAAGGUGAAUCUCAGCCAUUACUCAGCCCCUGGAGGAAACUUGGUUUUGGAGUGCCUGGCCUAUGACUUUUAUCCAAGAGAAAUUGAAUUGCAUUGGCUUCAGGAUGGAAAAAUCCAGAAGAAAGAAGUUGGACAAACCCAGAUCAUUGGAAAUGGUACUUAUCAGGUCUCAAUAACUGUUAACAUACCUUUGCUAAAGAAAAAGAGUUAUUCCUGUCAUGUGGUUCAUGAAAGCUUGCCUGAGGCCUUUAUUGUGGCCUGGGAUGAGGAAUAAGAAAGUCAGAGAUUGACAGGGCCUUACAGAUUCAGUUCCAUCACUCUA